AUGGACUUCCAGGUCGUCGUCCUCGCCGGCGGCACCUCCGACUCCGAGAAACUGUCGCCCCUCGUUUCCAAGGACGUUCCGAAGGCGUUGCUCCCGGUCGCCAACCGCCCCGUGCUCUCUUACGCGCUGGACCUCCUUGAGGCCAGCGACCUCAAGGACCUCAUCGUGGUGGUUGAGGGGCAGGAGGCAGCGCAGCUUGUCGACGCUUGGGUAUCCAGCGCGUACCUGGAUCGGCUUCGAGUGGAGGUAGUUGUGGUUUCUGAAGACCUUGGAAGUGCUGGUGCAUUACGAGCUAUUUCAAAGCGACUGACGUCAAAUGAUAUUUUGGUAGUUAGCGGUGACCUGGUAACAGAUGUGUUGCCUGGGGCUGUUGCUGCUACUCAUAGAAGAAAUGGUGCAGCUGUUACUGCUUUACUAUGUUCUGUUCCUGUUAGUGGUCCUUCAGACACUGCUUCUUCGAGUGGGAAGGAUAAAGCUAAAAAGCCAAAUCGUUUGAACAUAGUAGGGCUGGACAGGAGUAAACAAUUCUUGUUGCAUAUCGUGUCAGGAACUGAUGUUGAAAAAGAUGUUCAAGUUCAUAAAAGAAAAAUACAGGCUGUUGGUCAGAUGGAAAUUCGAAGUGACCUAAUGGAUGCACAUCUUUAUGCUUUUAAGAGGACAAUAUUGCAGGACGUACUGGAACAGAAGGAAGCGUACCGUAGCAUUAGACUUGAAGUCCUCCCGUAUUUAGUUAGGAGUCAAUUGAGAUCAGCUCCAUCAGGUGGCAGUGGAACAGCGGUUGACGAAACUGGGAGUAGUGCUGUUCAGUCCAGUGGUAAUUUGCAUUGUUUGUCGCAGCAUCGUGUCAUUGCACCAUCUGCUUUCAAGCAGGAUGUACUAUCAAGAUCAAGUGGUGGACAUAGGUGCUGUGCUUAUAUUGCUACUAAAAGCAAAUACUGUCACCGCUUGAACUCAAUUCAGUCAUAUUGUGAUAUCAAUCGAGAUGUUAUAGGGGAAGCUAGCCACCUGUCUGGUUAUUCGUUCUCUGCACAAAACAAUAUCAUCCACCCAUCCUCUGUUCUUGGAUCAAAGACUACAAUAGGACCACAUUGUAUUCUUGCUGAGGGUUCACAGCUAGGUGACAAGUGUAGUGUGAAGCGAUCCGUGAUUGGUCGUCAUUGCCGAAUUGGUUCCAAUGUAAAGAUUGUCAACUCUGUUGUGAUGAAUCACGUUGUUAUUGAAGAUGGUUGCCACAUCCAAGGUUCUGUUGUAUGUAAUAAUGUUCAACUGCAAGAACGGGCUGUUCUGAAAGAUUGCCAGGUUGGAGCUGGUUAUAUUGUGACUGCUGGCAGCGAGCACAAAGCAGAAUCCCUAGCAAGAAAGUUCAUGCUUCAUCUCAUAUCAUCAAUGGUGAGAGUGAGGUUCCCGAAACGUUAUCUCAUAGUAUUGCUGACAUUCAUCUGCACAAAUGUUUGCUACAUUGAGCGUGUGGGUUUCUCGAUUGCUUACACCGUCGCAGCUGAUGCCAUCGGUGUGAAUCAAGCCAACAAGGGCAUGAUACUGUCUAUGUUCUAUUAUGGUUAUGUUUUAUCACAGAUUCCUGGUGGAUGGGCAGCACAGAGAGUAGGAGGUAGACGUGUUCUGCUACUGUCAUUUGUAUUGUGGUCUAUGAUAUGUGGUUUAAUUCCACUCGAUCCCAACAGAGUAACCAUUCUGGUCCUUUCUCGCCUAUUUGUUGGUGUAGCACAAGGUUUCAUAUUUCCUGCCAUUCACACUGUUCUGGCACAGUGGGUGCCACCACAGGAGCGCUCUCGCUCUGUAUCUCUCACUACCUCAGGGAUGUAUCUUGGUGCAGCCUGUGGCAUGCUUUUCUUCCCAAGUCUGGUGAAGCACACAGGACCCCAGUCAGUUUUCUUUGUUGAAGCAGUGUUGGGAGUAGCAUGGUCUGUAAUAUGGUUGAAAUUUUCCAGCGACCCACCUCGUACUGAUCUUCCAAAGGUAUCAAUGCCAAAAGUGGCAUCUCGAGACAUGAUUAAGGCACAAGCAGGAGGGGUUGUCGCACCUCGGACGGUAAAGAUCCCAUGGCGAAGGAUAAUAUUCAGUCUACCUGUUUGGGCAAUCGUUGUAAACAACUUCACCUUCCACUAUGCCCUGUAUGUUCUUAUGAACUGGCUCCCUACCUAUUUUGAGCUUGUCCUUAAGCUUAGCCUCCAGGACAUGGGUUCCUCAAAGAUGCUUCCCUAUUUCAAUAUGUUCAUUUUCUCCAAUAUCGGUGGUGUGAUUGCUGAUCACUUGAUUACAAGGAGGAUUUUGUCUGUUACCAAGACAAGGAAGCUUCUGAACACCAUCGGGUUCAUUGUCUCAGCAUUUGCACUCAUGGCCCUUCCUUUAUUUAGCACACCCUCAGGCACUGUAAUGUGUUCAGCAUUAUCCCUUGGUUUUCUUGCUCUAGGAAGAGCAGGGUUUGCUGUAAACCAUAUGGAUGUUGCUCCAAAGUUUGCAGGGAUAGUGAUGGGGGUCUCAAAUACGGCGGGGACACUGGCUGGAAUUGUUGGUGUCGGCCUCACUGGGAAUAUUCUGGAGGCGGCAAAGGCUUCUAACAAGGAUCUAACAGACUCGGAAACCUGGAAAACAGUCUUCUUUGUUCCAGCAUACCUUUGUAUUUUCAGUUCUAUCAUUUUUUUAAUCUUUUCGACUGGCGAAAAGAUCUUCGAAUAA